GUUAACAAGUUAUGAUCAAAGUCAUCAAAAAUUUUAGUGGAAACAAUUUUUAACAAACAAAAGUUACAUUAUUCAUUUCAUUAAAAUGAUAACCGAUUAUUUGCGUCUAAAAAAAUCGGUAGAAGUUAUUCUUAUAAUAAUAAUCGCCAUUUGGAUAUUGAGUUUUGAUAAAUCGCCAGCACAUGUAGAUUCUAACUUGGACGAAAUUUGGAAAUUUAGAUUCAGUAAAGAAAUACGUAAACACAAUAUGGAAGAAUUCAUGAAAUAUGUGCUAUCUUUUGUUGUAAUAGUAAGAGCGUUCACAUCAAGAGUAUUCCUUAUCCUCUAUGUAAUUAUUCUUUGGCCAGCCGUUUUCGAAACGAAAUCCUUUUUAAUCAUCCCUUGGUUAGUGAUUGGACUCGUAAGAACGAUCUUUGUAAAUUUUUUAACCCUUAGUGCAGGAUGUUACAGUUGUUUUUUGCAAAAAGGGUUACAUUUGACUUGUCUAGAUUUUAUAAUAUCACAGAUCGUAGACCACGGCCCUGCAGUUUAUGCAUGGUUCUCCAUAUAUAAUUACUACAUUCAAAUCAGUAAACCUAAGAUAGAGAAGAAAAAGACGGACCUUCUAUUGACUGGAAAGGAAUUUAUAAAUAUAACCCCUUUGUCAAAAUUAAUGGGCCCUUUGAGACAUUAUGAAAUACCUACAAGGUCUCUAGACACUUUACUAAGUUUAGAAGAGUCCGUUUUAAAUUUUAAAAGCAGAACAAAUUGUAGUAUUCCAGAUACUACCAAAAGAGAAGUACAAGUUAGAGAAAAAAAUAAUACAACCCGUGACGUAAUAUCGAGGAAGGAUUGUAAUGUAACUCAAUCUGCUAGAGUAUUUACUGGAAUUUCUAAAAAUUCUCUAGUAGAAGAAAAAGAGUUACAUUGUCUUUCUUGGGAUGAAUCCUUUGUUAGAAUAAAUAAAGAAAAAAUAUGAAAAUCAAUUACAUCUGAAUUACAUCAAGGUAUAACAAGUUUAUUAAAUAUUUUCUUAUACCCAUCUGAAACUAUUAUGGGAUGACAAAUUAAUCUUUAGUAAAAUUGUUCAAAUUAAAUGUUUUUUAUAUGGAAAUUAUUGGACAAUUAUUAUUCAAUAAGACAUCUGGGAUAACGGAAAACACAUGCCUUUGCUCAAACGAUUCUAAGACAUUUGGAAACUACAAGAAAAUUAUACUAGUGGAGUAAAAUCUGUCGGUUAACUCUCUGUUUUAUGGGGCUUGAUGAAGUUUUUCCUUGAUUAGAGAGAUUUUCCGAUUACAGGUAGUCC